AUGAAUCCAGUGCUUAGCGACAGUGAGGCCUAUGAUGAAAAGCCAAGCAUUUCCUUCACAAGCCUUGGUCUCCUAGUGCUCGACGAGAUUCGCCUACCGGGCCAGGAGCCAUUGACCGAUAUCCUCGGCGGCUCAGGAGCUUAUGCUUCGCUCGGUGCUCGAUUGUUUCUUCCUACUCCACUGAGUCGCUCCCUUGGCUGGAUGAUGAAUAUAGGGAAUGACUUUCCCGAGCUAAGACAGCGCUAUCUCGAAAGCUGGGGUGCUACAAUGAUAUCAUUCAUCUAUGCAAGAAUCAAGGCUAACUCAUCCUCAGCCAAAGACUUCAUGUACACAACAUCAAUUCUCCAGGUUGACGUCAGUAGCUUGAAGAGUACACCACUCUCAAGGUCGAAAGCCUAUCACUUCCUCGAAUCUCCGGCAAAUAUCAGGAGCCGAGCCUCGGAAAUCUUAGCUCUUAGACAGGGUUUCGGCAUACCGAACCCGCUCAUCAUCUGGGAACCCGCCCCCCUCUCCUGCAAAGCAGAGAACUUGCAGCCAUGCAUAGAGGCCACAGGUACUGUCAAUGUAUUCUCACCGAAUCACCUAGAGUUGGCCCGCCUUUUCGGAGAACCAUUAUCCACCCGCUUUCUAGACAAAGAGAAGAUCCAGUCUAUGGCGCUGGAGUUUCUAAAUACAAAUGAAGGUAUCGGUCCCGACGCGAAGGGGUUCAUGAUCGUGCGAGCUGGCGAGGAAGGCUGCCUUGUAUGCGCGCGCCAUAUCCCACCUACGUGGCUACCGCCUUUCUACAGAUAUGGGCACGACAAGGUGGUCGAUCCGACUGGAGCAGGGAAUGCGUUUCUUGGUGCGUUUACCAUCGGGGACCUUCUGACGGAAGAUGCGGUCCAGGCAGCUUGUUAUGGAUCUAUUGGUGCAUCAUUUGCGCUGGAGCAAGUUGGGUUGCCGCGACUGACCAGGAACGAAGGGGCAUCAGCAUCUGCAGAGCUGUGGAACGGGGAGAAUGUACUUGAGCGGUUGAGCGAGUAUAAACGGAGUAUUGGAGGUGCAGAAGUCCUCGGCCACAUUGACCACAUUACGAGCACCGCCCAGAGCAUUCAAGACAGCCGGAUGCUCUUGGAACCGCCGCAACGCGCAAAGCCAGCCGCUUCAAGUCUGCACAACGCCGGCUAUUUUAUGCGGGAUCCCCACCGUCUGAUAGUCUUCGUCUUGGUUAAACAUCGUCUCCCGAAGCAGCAGCUCCUCAAGUCUAGCGGCGGUCUUGUGAUAUACAUCAAUGAAGAACUGGUCAUUCAAGAAACACGCUCAAAGAUCUGGGCCGAUCCAGAAGACCAUAAAACGCUGAUAAUUUCAAGUGUGGCUGCACUCACCAAGAACGACAGACCUCUCAAUAAUGAAACCCCACGAUAA